AUGCCAUCCGCCUCCUCCUCCUCCUCCGGACCCUCCUCCUCCACCUCCUCAAACACCCUCUUCCCUCCAGCAUCCAUCCAGCACAUAGCCUCUACUUCCCUGCAUUUCCCACAGCCCUUGCCCUCAAAUGUCGCCCACUCCCUCGCCCAAGAUGUGGAACAUCGCCUGCGCCUCGUGAUCCAAGACGCGGAGAAAUUCAUGCGUCACUCUCGACGCCAUACACUCAGCACGGACGAUGUCAAGCGUGCACUCGAGCUGAAAGGGAUGGAGCCCAUCUAUGGAUUUCUCCACCAGCACGCACGGCUGCGAAAAGGCUGGCAUGCCGCGACGGGCAGUAUCGUGUAUAAUGUCGAGGAUGACGAGGUGGACAUCGAGCAGCUCGCGCAGCAGGCGGUGGGGUCUUCGAGCAGGCUGCCGCGCUCCAAAGGAGUAGGAUGGAAGGCGCACUGGCUCGCUGUGGAGGGGGUACAGCCCUUGAUUCCAGAGAACCCAGCGCCCCUCCCUGCUACGACGAGCAGACCGACCGCAGCGCAAGACUCUACAGACCCUUAUGCGGGAUUGGCGUCGACGAGUACUACGGGGGCAGUGGCGGUCGCAACAGGUGGAAGCGCAGGGGCAACGCCGAAUGCAACGACUCAGCCGCUGGUCAAGCACAUCCUUUCGCGCGAGCUGCAAGUCUACUACCAGCGGCUCACCGAGGCGCUCGACGAUCCCACAACGCUCGCAGCCCUCUCCUCGCUGCGCUCCGACCCAGGUCUUCACCAGUUGGUCCCCUACCUCUGCCAAUGGAUCUCAACCACGAUCGCAUCAGCACUCUGCGCACCGGACGCCCUUCCCGCCCGUUCACGCAUAAUCACUCGUAUGCAGCAGACCAUCUCCUCCCUCCUCUUGAACCCGUCCGUCGCGAUAGAGGGGUACGUCCACCUGCUCCUCCCACCCAUUUUGUCCACUAUGCUCUUCUCUGCCACCGACUACCCGACGAGGCUGAGGAGAGCAGGAGCGACUUUGCUGUCGGAUGUGCUCAAGAAGCAUGCAGAUCGUUACCCGACCUUGAGGCCGAGAGUGGCGAGGGUCUUGCUAGAGGCG